GCGGGAGGAUGGAGCAAGUGGAGAUCCUGCGGAGGUUCAUCCAGAGGGUCCAGGCCAUGAAGAGUCCGGACCACAAUGGGGAAGACAACUUCGCCCGGGACUUCAUGCGAUUAAGAAGAUUGUCUACCAAAUAUAGAACAGAAAAGAUUUAUCCCACAGCCACUGGAGAAAAAGAAGAAAAUGUUAAAAAGAACAGAUAUAAGGACACACUGCCAUUUGAUCAUAGCCGAGUUAAGUUGACUUUGAAGACUCCAUCUCAAGAUUCAGACUAUAUCAAUGCAAAUUUUAUUAAGGGCGUCUAUGGGCCAAAGGCGUAUGUGGCAACCCAAGGACCUCUAGCGAAUACUGUCAUAGACUUCUGGAGGGUGAUAUGGGAGUACAAUGUUGUGAUCAUCGUAAUGGCCUGUCGAGAAUUUGAAAUGGGAAGGAAAAAGUGUGAGCGCUAUUGGCCUUUGUGUGGACAAGAUCCUAUAACAUUUGCACCAUUUAAAAUUUCUUGUGAAAAUGAACAAGCAAGAACAGACUACUUUAUUCGAACACUUUUACUUGAAUUUCAAGAUGAAUCCCGUCGGCUCUAUCAGUUUCAUUAUGUGAACCGGCCAGACCAUGAUGUUCCUUCGUCAUUUGAUUCUAUUCUGGACAUGAUAAGCUUAAUGAGGAAAUACCAAGAGCAUGAAGAUGUGCCUAUUUGUAUUCACUGCAGUGCAGGCUGCGGAAGAACAGGAGCUAUCUGUGCCAUAGAUUACACGUGGAACUUACUAAAGGCUGAGAAAAUUCCAGAGGAAUUUAAAGUGUUUAAUUUGAUACAAGAAAUGAGAACGCAAAGGCACUCUGCAGUACAAACAAAGGAGCAAUAUGAGCUUGUUCAUAGAACCAUUGCCCAACUGUUUGAAAAACAGCUACAACUGUAUGAAAUCCAUGGAGCACAGAAAAUCACUGAUGGUAAUGACAUUACCACUGGAAAUCUGGUCAGCUCUGUGGAUAGUGAAAAACAAGAUGCUCCUCCUCCAAAGCCACCAAGGACUCGAAGUUGCCUUGUAGAAGGGGAUGCCAAGGAGAAAAUACUACAGCCACCAGAACCUCACCUGGUGCCACCCAUCUUGACACCUUCUCCCCCGUCAGCCUUUCCAACUGUUACUACGGUGUGGCAAGACAAUGACAGAUACCACCAAAAGCCAGUGCUGCACAUGGUUUCAUCAGAACAGCAUUCAACAGACCUCAACAGGAAUUGCAAUAAAUCGACCUCACCGGGGGAAAAUGAAUCAGCUGUUGAACACAUAGAAAAAUUAGAGCGAAAUUUAAGUUUUGAGAUCAAGAAAGUCCCUCUCCAAGAAGGACCCAAAAGUUUUGAUGGGAACACACUCUUAAAUAGGGGAUAUGCGAUUAAAAUUAAAUCUGACUCUUCUGUAGUUGACAAAACCUCUAAGCCACAGGAGUUAAGUUCAGAUGAUGUAAAAGUUGAUGAUGUUUCUCAGGAUUCUUGUGCAGACUGCAGUGCGGCACAUUCAGACAGUGCUCCUGAUUCUUCUGAAGAAUCCCAGAACUCACACACACCACCACAGCCAGACCGCUUGCCUCUUGAUAAGACAGGACAUGUCACAUGGUCAUUUCACGGACCUGAGAACGCCACGCCUGUAUCCGACUCGUCUGAAGGCAAAUCCCCAGAUAACCAUUCUCAAACUAUAAAAACUGUGAGCUCAACACCCAACUCUGCAACAGAAGAGGAGACCCACUCUUGUGAUCUUGUGGAUCACCACAAUGGCUCCCCUUUGUGGUGAGCGCCGCUCAGCUUUACCAAUCCCCUUCACUCUGAUGACUCAGACUCAGAUGAAAGGAACUCUGAUGGUGCUGUGACCAAGAACAAAACUAGCAUUUCAACAGCAAGUGCUACGGUUUCUGUUGCCAGUAGCACUGAAACUGCUUCCACUAGGAAAGUGUUGCCAGUGUCCAUUGCCAGACAGGAGGUGGCAGGAAUGCUGCAUUCAGGUGCUGAAAAAGACGCUGAUGCAGGUGAGGAGUCGCCUCCCCCCUUGCCCAAGCGACCUGAGUCCUUCCUGUUAGCAGACAUACCUGUGAGAUCUGAAUGGCAUGAACCUCCAGAUCAGGAAUGGUCUGAGCAAAGGGAAGCUGAAGGCUUGAUAACUUCUGGAACUGAAAAACCUGAUGCAGGAGGUAUCCACACAGAGGCUUGUACAGAAUGUCUACCUACUUUCAGUGACAAGAAAGAUCAAAUAACAGAAAGUCUAACAGAAGCCACAGAUAUUGGUUUUGGUAAUCGCUGUGGAAAACCUAAAGGACCAAGAGACCCACCUUCAGAAUGA